CUUCUAUGUACUUGCAAGUCGCGAUACCUGCAUUGCAAGCUAUUCCAACAUGGCCGUGUACUAUGUGAACCGCAACCUCUCGCCAGAGCAGAGCGACCAGUGGCCACUGAAUUUCCCACCGUUGCCACCCUCUGAAUAUGAUCGCUUUCUCGGCUGGUCUAUGCUGGGAGCUGGCCCGACCAGCUCUGAGCCCGUCCCCCCACCGCAGAAUGCUCAGAUGCAGUUUGGAGAUGUAUCCUCGACCGAGACGUACAGUCUCGACAUAACGAAGGACUUCUGGGGUCCUCCAAGCUACCCGAAUGCCGUUGGCACAACUGGGUAUCACUCACCUGGGCCUUUCAACGAGCCUCAACCCACCAUGUACCCAGAACAUGGGCAGACAGGCGUCAACGGCCCCCCAGCGUCUACUACCUACCACAAUCCGCGUACAGGCACUCCACAGCAACCGAUACGAAAACCAAAACGCCAAUCGCUCAGCCCCAAGUCGCAUCCAGAGCCCUCCAUGGCGACACCCAUUAGACCCAAGCCAAUGCCAAGACGGCGGUCAUCGCAAGAGAGCACGACGUCCCAGCGUCGGCGGUCUUCUACAUCCUCAGACAGCAAGGACGAUGAUCCGAACAUCUGCAUGCUAAGGAAAAAGGCACAUAAUCAGGUGGAAAAGCGAUAUCGUGCAAACUUGAAUGCGGGGUUCAAACAACUAGAAGAUGUCACGAAGCAAGACUGCACGACCGCAACGACCGAUACGAAGAUGGCGAAGGGGCUGAGACCCGGUCGCAAGGCGUUGAUUCUACAGCACGCCUAUGAACACAUCAUCGGUCUCCAGGCUGAGCUUCGGUCGCUGCAGAAGAUCCUUAGCGAACGGUGAGGCUAGGUUUGGACGUGGCAUUAUACACUCGUGACUCAUUCUAUAUACUACUCUCGUUGACAUUUUCCAUAUCGUGGUGUACUAAUCAUUCCUAUAUCAAAACCAUACUGUACCUAAUUAAAGAUGCUCAUGUGGUUUUGGGUGUGCUGAAUGGAGUUUUUGGCGUGGUCAUAACGAUGCUUUUUCUUGUUUUCCUCUUUUUU